GACCCUAGCGCAGAGCUGCGAGCCUGACCCGCCACACCCCGCAUGGCCAGAGAAAGAAUUUUCUGUUUCCAACUUCGGCUUUUGGUUUUGUGUGUCCACCUCGCACAGCUCCGGAGCCGGCCGACCCCAAAGGGAGUCUCAACAGGUGGCCGGGAGUCGCGGCGAAGUUGGUCGCCCACUUUCGUCCACUUGGGAGCCCGCUCCGCCUCUCCAGGGCUGCUGGCAGAGUUGUGGCUCCAGCGCGUCCCGGAGUCACCCUGUUUCCUGACGGACAUCAGCAGGCAGUCGCCUCCUCAACCUCGCGCUUGUGGUUUUGGUGGCAGCGUGAGGCUUAACUGCCGGCCGAGCUGUCCGUCGCGCCUUCGGGGCGGGCCGCGGGCUCGGCCUGCGAGGCCCAAGGAGAGCCCAGGCUCGGGCGGCAGCGGAGGCUCGGAGCCCUGGUAUGCGCCCGCGAUGCGGCGCGGCCUGCUCCGAGGCCAGGCCCCGGGGCUCGGCGGCUCAGUGGGGCGGGCCCGGGGUCACCGCGCGGUGACGGGGCUCCCGAGAGGGCUUUGUUCACCGCUCUGGCCACACUGCGCACUUCCUUCCAGCCCCCAGCCAGCCCCCGUUCCAAGCCUCCGCGCCGGCCCUGUUUGUUUUCUCAGCCUCGCGCGCGCCCCCGGGACACGCCAGCAGCCCUCGGAGCGGCGUCCGCGGCGCGAGGCUGUGGCCCGAGGCCGGCCCAGGAGCGCUGGCCCGGCCGGAAGUGAAGUGAGGGGAGACGGAGCUCUGGAGCCUUUCUGGGGUUCCGGGGGCAGGGGUGGUGGCCUAACGGGGCGUACGGCCGGCGAAGGCCCAAGUCCUGGGCUCCGAAGGGCCCGGGCGGCCUGCGCCACCGCCCACCCCACUGCUCGCGGGCCGCGGGCCCCGGGCCCCGGGCCCCAGCCCCAGCCCUGCAGGAGGGUGGCGGCGGUGUGGAACUGGAUGAGGUCGCCGUGAGGGGGGGCCAUCAGGCUUGAACAUUAGCGGUGUCAGCAACUCCGAUAAACCCGGUGACCCCGUGCAGGAGGGCUGUCCCCUUUGCCGCAUCCCGGGCUCUUCGCACGGCGGUGGGAACGUGUCCCGCAGCCGAGCCGUAGGCCUGCCCGCGCACUCCGCCUCUGCGGCCUCCUAGCCCUUCACCUUCCCGCGCCGGGGGUCCUGUCCCUAGUCCCUGGCGCCCAGGAAUCCUCUCCCCACAGCCUCCGGCCGCGCUAGCCCUGCCGGCGCCGCUGCCCCUGACCGCUCCGGGGCCGGCAGCGGAGGAGCGGGGUCCAGCUCGGUGAGCGCGGCGCCCAGGCACCGAGAGUCUAUGGGUUCCCACCGGCGGACUCGCAGUCGAGAUGCACUCGGGCGUUAGUUCUCGAGCGUCCCCCCUUUUACCUAAUCCCUUAUGUUUUUAUUCUAAUCCUACACAUUACAGUUAAUCUGUAAUGAUACCGCUUCGGAGGAACCUGUUGCA